AACAUGGCACAGCCGAUGAACAUCACCGAGCUGAAUCUGCCACAGCUAGAAAUGCUCAAGAACCAGCUGGACCAGGAAGUGGAGUACUUGUCCACGUCCAUUGCGCAGCUCAAGGCGGUGCAGACCAAGUAUGUGGAAGCCAAGGACUGUCUAAAUGUGCUGAGCAAGAGCAACGAGGGGAAAGAAUUACUGGUCCCACUGACGAGUUCUAUGUAUGUCCCUGGGAGGCUCCAUGACAUAGAACAUGUGAUCAUUGACGUGGGAACUGGCUACUAUGUGGAAAGGACAGCUGAGGGCGCUAAGGACUUCUUCGAAAGGAAGAUAGACUUUCUCACCAAGCAACUGGAGAGAAUCCAGCCAGCUCUGCAGAAGCAUGCUAUGAAACAAGCUGUCAUAGAGAUGAUGAACCAGAAGCUCCAGCAGCUCACAGCCCUAGGGGCAACUCAGGCUACUGCCAAGACCUGA